AUGGCGGUCUACCCGACCAAGAUCUUUAGGGCUUUGUAUGACUCUUUGGGGGUGCAAGACAUUUGGAGAAGACGAAACCCAGCGGGUAGGGACUAUACUUGUACAUCGCGAGCAGAUAACUCACUCUCUCGUAUUGAUCUCUUCCUAACUUCUAACUCCUUAGAACUACUAGUUACUGAAGCCAAAAUUGCCAAUAUGACUGUCUCAGACCACGCCCCAAUUUUUCUGACUGUUGCACAUUCUCCCCAACCGACCAAUAAGAGGGUGUUUAGAUUCCCAACUCAUCUUAUAAAGUCUCCUGACUUUAUAAUGUAUAUGAAGAGGCAAUGGGAUGACUUCAUGAAUAACAAUCGAACACACAUAUCCUCCCCAACCCUCUUUUGGGAAACAGCUAAGGCAGUCCUUAGAGGCAACAUAAUUGCCUAUCUGUCUAAACAGAAACGUCUCCAGACUGCCAGGGAAGAACAUCAUAACACUCAGCUGACCAAUACAUACACCCAAUACUGUCAAUUCCCCACUCCGCAGAAUAGAACCUCCUACUUUAAGGCCAAAAAGGAGAGGGACACUUAUAUGCUACAGACCACUAUACAUAGAGAAAAUAGAAAUCAGGGCCUUUUCCUGAGGCAUGGUAACAGGGCUGGAAAUUUUUUGGCCUCCUUGGUCAAAAUUAAACAAGCAAAUAGAGGGGUGCCAGCCAUUAAAAGCCAGGGCCAAUUAACUAAUGAGACCUCUGCGAUAGUAACUGAAUUCACAAACUAUUACACCGACUUAUAUCAAUCUCAACCACCCCACAAGGAAGCACAUCAAUGGGUUUGGCAUAGCCUUUCACUUCCCACAAUUACAGAGGAUCAGUUAAACAGCCUCAAUGCCCCAAUCUCCCCAGUAGAGGUUACCCAGACUAUUAAAUCUCUUGCUCUGGGAAAAACACCAGGCCUGGAUGGGCUUCCUACUGAAUUUUAUAGGAUCCUCUCGGACCAAACUACCCCGGUUCUUACCACUUUAUUUGACCACAAUUUUACAGGGCGCAGUAUCCCUUCUACUAGCUUCUCUGCAGCUAAUAUUACAGUUAUUCACAAACAAAUGGUGCUGAAAUCCUUGAUGUACGAACAAUGUGACACUCUAUAUGAUGUUGACACUAGAAUAGCUCGCUUCAUCCUGAAAUGGAGACUCUUUCUGGAGUCGCUGGAUCUCCCCACUCAGAGGCAAAUCCUCUACCCUAUUAAAAACACGAUCUAUAUGCUGGAAGCGACUCUCAGAGGAGAAUGGAACAUCUGGUUGCUUUUUAUGCUGGUCAGAUGGUGUGACAGUUGGGACUCUGCAUUACUGGACACCAUCAGUGAGCUUGCAUGUAUUGUAGAUUUUAUGGAACCAAGAGAAGUUGUGUUAAUGAAACCAGUGCAGCUGAAAAUUAAAUCAAAAUUUGAAGACCAUAUAUUGGUCUUAACCAUUUGGAGAGCAUUCCUGCUCCAGCCAAUCCCUCCCCUUCGGGUGGAAAGUACCUUUAAUUAUUUGGAAAUCAGUGAUAUUGAAAUAAGAGACCAGAAUCUGGUGGUUAUUGAUACAGAUUCCUGUGUUUAUCCCUUUAAUUUUACAUCCCUGGAAGAUUUAGAACACGUCAUCCUUCAUGUUAUUACUUCAAUUAAAAAGGUGUUUCCAGACUCCUCUCCAGGAAAACUAAUAAGGAAAACAUGUCUAACUCUCUGGGACAAAUUCAGUCAGAUAGCAGAAUCUCUGGAAGAAUUUAUACAGAAUAAUCAAGGACCAUGCGGUGGUUUUUCCCAAACAUAUGCGGCUUUGUGCGACUACAAUGGGUUUAUUCUUCGGGAAGAAGUGCAAUGGGAUGUGGACAACAUUUAUCACAGUCAAGAUUGUAGAGAAUUCAGAUUAUUAGAUUUCAGUCACCUGGACACAAGUGAUGUUGCCCUGACAGUGGCUUCUUUAUCAUUCAACCAAUGGUUCACAAAACUUCAUUGCAAAGACUUUAAACUGAGACUUGAGAUUACAGAGCAAAUUUUAUACAUGAUCAGCCGGUCUUUAAAAUUAGAGGAACUUGUGCUGGAAAACUGUGGUCUAAAAUGUGACUUUGCCAUCAGGAUGGCUCAGGCUUUAGAUACCAAUUCUGGGUCUGUCUUACACACUAUAAACCUAUCUGGGAACCAAGUGGAAGACCGAGGAAUAAUUGCAUUCAGUCGACACUUUGAAAAGCAUCAUAAAGGAAUUAAAUAUCUCAACUUUUCCAAAACAUCAAUCACAUCAAAAGGAAUUGCAAGUUUAUUCCAAUCAUUUGCUUCCAAUGACACUUUCAGUAAUUCCCUCCUCCAUCUUGAUCUGUCUGGAAAUCCUGGGAUUCUUGCUACUGAAGAUUCCAAAAGUUUGUAUCAUUUUCUUGGCUGCUGCAAGUCAUUGAACCACCUGAAUCUGGCAGACACUGACUGCGCCUUAGAUUCUCUCUUUGAGUCCUUGAUUUAUUCCUGCUGCUCCAGCCUGGUGUACUUAAAUGUAUCUAGGAACAUUUAUUCACACAGAAAAGUUAAAGAUGUACGUCCUGCAAUUAUGCAAUUUUUUAGCAUGGCUUCUGCUCUCACAUAUCUAGACAUGGCUGGAACAAGACUUCCUGCAGAGGCAUUAAGAACAAUUUUUCAAGGACUGGCCAGUAACAACACAAUGAGAGAUCUUCAUUUGGAUCUGAGUGACUGUGAGCUCCGAUCAUUGGGGGCCCAAGUAAUCCAAGACAUGAUUGUGGAUGUGAAUCCUCUCUCCAGCCUGAAUAUUUCUGGGAAUGGGUUUGAUUCUGAAAUGGUAACACUGAUCCUAUCGAUAAGCAGAAGCAUAUCCUUAAAGCAUGUCUCAUUGGGAAGGAACUUCAAUUUAAAACCUGGCACCUCUUUGGCAGAUGUCCUUCAUCGUAUUGUACAGCUAAUUCAAGAUGAAGACUCACCUAUUCAGUCACUUUCAUUGGCUGACUCCAGACUGAAAUCAGGAACAAGCAUUCUCCUUAAUGCUCUGGGAAGCAACAGCAGCCUUACCAAGAUAGAUAUCAGCGGCAAUGCAAUAGGGGACACUGGAGCCAAACUGCUGGCCAAAGCUCUGCAAAUCAACAGCAAUCUCAGGACAGUUAUUUGGGACAGAAAUAAUACAACAGCCAGUGGAUUUCUGGAUGUUGCCCAUGCUUUAGAAAGGAAUUAUACUCUCUGUUCCAUGCCUUUCCCACUCAGUGAUGUAUCCCAAGCAUAUCGAAUGAAUCCUGUGAAAACAGAGGAGGCUUUACACAAGCUGCCAGCUGUUCAGUAA